AUGCAUGCAUUCACCGAAGACCCAUCGCAUUACAACAGAUCCGAUCAACUACGUCGAUACGUCCAGCUGAACAGAGGAGGCCUUCAAGCGGUGAAAAUGUCUAGAUGCACGAUUAGUAAGAACAAUAAGAUGAUGGCUCACCUGAACUUCAGGAUGAAGGUGAUCCUUCAAGAUUCCCGCACAUUUGUUGGAUACUUCAAAGCUUUCGACAAACACAUGAACAUUUUGCUCGCCGAUUGUGAGGAAUUCCGACAGAUUAAGCCGAAACCAGGAAAAAAGAUUGCCGAGGGUGAAGAGAAGCGAACGCUAGGUUUGGUUUUGCUUCGUGGUGAACACAUUGUGUCAAUGACCGUUGACGGCCCACCACCAAAGGAUGACGACACCGUUCGUCUACCGAAGGCAGGAGGACUGGCUGGACCCGGCCAGUCUAAGCCUGUUGGACGGGGAAUGCCCGUCAUGCCACCUGGAAUGCCUCCAGUUCCCGCUGCUGGACUUACUGGAGCUGUUAGGGGCGUCGGAGGUCCGGCCAUGGGUGUGAUGCAGCCCGGCUACGGUGCUCCCGGAGUUCCGCCUCCAGGUAUGCCACCGAUGCCACCACGUCCUGGUUUUUAA